GGUGCUUACCAUUGCAUCUUAAAGUAAGACAGGUGCCUUUGUGGAAGGGAGACGGCGCGCUACGUAAUGUAGAGUGGCAUCUCUCUCACACAUUAAGAAUCUUUCUUUAAAUGGCGUUGGUAGGUAUUUUAUCAAAGUUGUUUGUAACGGUAUUAACAGCGGUAUCUUUGAUAGUAAUAUUUGUACAAUUGUGCGAUACAAAUAGAAUAGUAUGUAUUAAUGUUGCGCUAAUUAACUAAAUUGUUACUACAUAUUGUUUGCUAACCGCUUUUGUUUGUUUGUUAAUUGAAGGGUUCAAAAGACUUUAGUAUGUAAUGUCAUUGCUUUGUUUAAAAUUGACCGUAACAAGUGUUGCUUAACCUUGAUCUUUAUUUUUAAUACACGGAAUACAACAUCUAGCUAUCAGGGAGAUACAGCUUGGUGACAGACGGACAGACGGAGAGACUGUGAUGGUUCUGAAUAGGGCUCCGUUUUUAACCGUUAAAUUUAGGUAUAAAUAUUCAGCCAUGACGCGAAUUUGAAAGUAAAUACAACAACGUAAGGUGCAUAUAUCAACAUGAGUCUCAACAGGCUAAGCACGUUCGGGAACAAGGCUGGUCGGGAAGUAGCCGAGAAGGGGCCCAAGGAGAACCCCUGCUAUUUCUGCAAUGAGCUCUUUGAGAUGGGACAACUCCAGAACCACCUGAAGCUGUGCGGCAGUAUUCUAGAACAGUGUCCGCUGCGGUGCGGCGCCUGGAUCCAGAGGAAACACCGCGAAACGCACGUCAAGGACUGCCCGAAGAUGGAGAAGUCCCGCAACUCGUCAAGUCACGUGAGCAUCCCGGCGCCGGCGCCGCCGCCCGCCGCGCACACGUGGUCGCCCGCCACCUCCGCGCUCGACGACUGCGUGUCCUACCUCGAGAAGGAAGUCACUUCUAUCAAGUUAGUCCUCACAGAAGAAUCCAACAACCGGGAAGUCCAAGCCUCCGAAAUCGAGACCCUCCGCUCCAAGUUAGUGCUGGUGGAGGAGCGCAGCCAGCACUUCCUGUCGACCCUGGUGUCGCUCCGGGCCGCGGUGGACGACGAAGCCGAGAGGUCGGCCAACUGGGCCGCGCAGUUCAAACACGACUUGGCUAAUGUUCAGUUGGCUUUGCAGGAGCUGCAGAGCCAGCAGCUGUCCACGGUGAUGCGCCUGGAGAACGCGGUGAGCACGCUGGUGCACGAGCAGCACGAGCGGGAGCUGCUGGAGCAGGCACUCACGCAGCACGAUAACAGAAUCAGGGCCGUUAAUAAACUAGAGGACGUAAUAACAUACAUCAGACAGACAGUAGAGGAAGAACGGGAGAGGAACGCGGAGAACCGCGCGGCCUUCGAGGCGGAGCUGAUGGAGAACAGGCGGUCCUCCGAGCAGCUGGCGCAGCUGUCCGCGCUCAGGGUGCAGCUGCAGAACACUAAUAGUGAGAGACCGACAAUAGACCGGGUAGCAGUGUUAGAGGUAGCCACAGCAGACGCCCGGGCGGAGGUAGCAGAACACUCCAUGAAGGUGGACGCUGUACUCCGGGACCUGCGAGCCCUCACCAAGUCCUACCACAAGCUGCGGACAGAGCUUGCUGACUUCCAGACCAGGGUCUCCUUCGAUAGGCACGAAAUGGGAACUGAUAAUGGUCAUUUUAUUUGGAGGGUAGACAACUUCAACGCUCGAAUGAAGGAUGCCAAAGAAAAGGACACGGUACUCAGUAGUCCCAUAUUCAGGACUAGCAAAUAUGGAUAUACGUUGAAGGCUGAACUCAACCUGAACGGCAUCGGUAAAUGGAAGGGUCGUCACAUAACGUCGACGAUCCGUCUGGUGGCGGGACCUUAUGACGCGCUGCUGGAGUGGCCCUGCGACUUCAGCGUCAACAUAGUGCUCAAAGAUCAGCCGAAUAAUAGGAGCCAGGCAAUGGACAUAGUGAAGACCCUCCAGAUCAGACGCAAGUCCUCGUCCAAACGCCACGACUACGACGAGGGGGAGGAGGACCGUUACAAGUCCAACGAGGCAUUGGACAAGUCCGUGCUGCAGCUGAAGAAGCAGUACAUCUUCAUCCCGCACACCAGUCUCGACAAGUUCGAGUACGUUAAGAACGAUGUCAUGUUCGUCGAGUUUCUUGUUAACCAGUAGGAGCGAGGAGGAAGGGGGAUGUGGAGGAAUAAGGGGGAUGUGGAGGAAUAAAGGGGAUGUGGAGGAAUAAGGGGGAAUACGAAGGAUAUAGGGGAAUAUGGAGAAAUAAUGUGGAAUCUAGGGAGAUGUGGAGGAAUUAGAGGGAAUGAGGAGGAAUGUGGGGAAAGCAGGAGAAUCGAAAGUAAGGAUUAGGAAUCAUAUACCUGUAAAAGAGGAAAGAUUAGGAGUGCGAGGUACUUGUGAUGUUAUAGUAAUAGUUAAAUACUUACGUAAUGGUAUCCAAAAUGUUGGCCAUUGAAGGUUAACACUUUGCUAUCGUAACAAUAUCCUUCUUCUUGUUAUUUGAUCAACGCAAUUAUACUGUCUCCCUUUAUACGUUCGUUAAACAUAGGAAAUGAAUUUAUUAGUAACACUUAGUCAUAUAAUUAGAACUUCUUUAUACCACCUAAAAAAAGACUUAAUUAAUAAACUCUCUCUAAAGUGUACAUUAUGAAACAAUAAAACGAUAUUUAUACUA